UUAAUUUUCAUGCAACUUCGUGAGUCUGAUGAGAUUAUCAUGGCACAGCAAGCAGGAUCUUCUUACAUCACUUACAAAUGGACUUAUGACGUCUUCCUUAGUUUUCAUUGGCAAUCUCCACGAAGCUAUGCGCCAAAGAGGAAUUCGUGCCUUUAUUGACGAGGAAGGCAUCAGAACUGGAGAAGAAAUCAGACCUGCACUUUUACAUGCCAUACGAGAAUCCAGAGUAGCAAUCAUAGUUUUCUCCAAAAACUUUGCUGGCUCGAGAUUUUGCUUGGAAGAACUUGCAAAGAUUCUGGAGUGCUACAAGAAAGAAGGUCGACUGAUUUAUCCAAUCUAUUAUUAUGUGGAUCCAUCGGAGCUUCGACGUCCAAGGGGAAGCUAUGCAAAAACAUUGGCGAGACUAGAGAGACAAUUCAAAGACAAUAACGAGAAGGUGGAAACAUGGAGAUUGGCUUUGUUCCAAGCAACUAACUUGGUGCAAGGAAGAACGGGACCUUGACUAGAAUUAAAGGCAAGGAAUAUUUUGAGAAUUUGAAGCUUCAACAAGAUGGAGACAUGAUGUAUUUCUAAGUUUUCAAGCCAGUGAUCAUUGUUCCCGCUUUUUCAAGAACAAGUUAUAUGAUGCUUUAUGUGAGAACAAUAUUAGGGCUUUCAAUGCUGAAUUUAGGAAGGAUGAAGGUAUUCUCCCAGCUGUGGUUAGAGCAAUUGAGGAUGCCAGGAUUUCAAUUAUCAUAUUCUCUUCAUCUUAUGCUGAUUUCACAUGGUGUCUUGACGCGCUAGCUAUAAUCAUGGAUUGUAUAAAGACAAAGUGAAAAUUGGUUUUCCCAAUUUUCCGUGAAGUAGACCCUUUAAAAGUAAGACAUCAAUUUGGAAGUUUUGGAUUAGCAAUGUUUGAGCAUGUAGAAUAUUUAAAGAAUGACAUGAAAAAGGUGUAGAGGUGGAAG